AUGAACCAGCCCUACCCUCUUACUAAGGAGCAAGUUCGCCUGCUUCUUCUUUAUGACUUCCGAAUCAAGAAGACAGCCAAUUCCAUCGCUGACAUCAAUACCGCGUUUGGCCCGGACACUGUGUCCAAGAGCACUGCCUAUGAUUGGUACAGUCGCUUCCAGAAAGGAAAUGAAAGCCUGGAAGACCAGCCACGCACCGGUCGUCCUUCGGAGUUUGAUAACUCUGCCUUGCAGGAGGCACUGGAGGCCAACAACCGGCAAACAUCGCGAGAGCUUGCGGACUUGCUGGGUGUCUCCCAUACAACUAUCCUUCAUCAUCUGGCUGAGCUUGGCAAGAAGGCAAAGUUGGGUAUCAUUUUCUAUGUAUAUUUAUGCUGUUUCAGGAUUGCAGGACAUCCUCUGGCACAGAAUGAAAGAUGCCUUCACAUGUUCCUUCAGGAGCCUGUCAUUGAUCGCAACUAUGUCCCUGGAAAAAUUAGGAACACUUGA